AACAAUGAGCUCAACACAGAAGGACCAACAUGGAGCGACAAGUCAGCGCUCUCAGGAGGCCGACAAACCUCACAGAAGAAAGAGAGAGAAAACAUACACCUGUGACGAGUGUGGGAAGGAUUUUGCUGUGAAGGCUAAUCUAAAACAUCAUCAGGUCAUCCACACUGGAGAGAGACCGUUCAGCUGUGACUUGUGUGGAAAGUCUUUUUCCUGGAAGGAAUCCCUAAAACAACACCAACUCAUCCACAGUGGAGUUAAAGCGUACAGCUGUGAUCAGUGUGGCAGAGCUUUUACUCACAGUAGCAGCUUACAGAGUCAUCUAGUUACCCACUCUGGAAUUAAGGCAUACAGCUGUGACAUUUGUGGAAAAACCUUCAGCCGGAGAGGGAACCGAAAUGCACACCUACGCAUUCACACCGGACAUGAUGUGUACUGCUGUGAUCAGUGUGGCAAACAGUUUACAACACAUGCAAUGUUACAACGCCACAUGUUUACCCACACUGAGGAGAGACCUUAUAAAUGUGACCUGUGUGAGAAGACUUUUAAAACUCCACGCUACCUGAGACAACACCAACAGAUCGACACCAGAAAGAGACUCUACAAGCGCGGUUACUGUGAGGACCAACAUGGAGCGACAAGUCAGCGCUCUCAGGAGGCCGACAAACCUCACAGAAGAAAGAGAGAGAAAAAACACACCUGUGACGAGUGUGGGAAGGAUUUUACUUUGAAGACUUCACUAAAGCAGCAUCAGGUCAUCCACACUGGAGAGAGACCGUUCAGCUGUGACUUGUGUGGAAAGACUUUUUCCAGGAAGAGUACCCUAAAAACACACCAACUCAUCCACAGUGGAGUUAAAGCGUACAGCUGUGAUCAGUGUGGCAGAGCUUUUACUCAAAGUGGCCAAUUACAGAAGCAUCUAGUUACCCACUCUGGAAUUAAGGCAUACAGCUGUGACAUUUGUGGAAAAACCUUCAGCCGGAUAGGGAACCGAAAUGCACACCUACGCAUUCACACCGGACAUGAUGUGUACUGCUGUGAUCAGUGUGGCAAACAGUUUAUAACUUACAUGCAGUUACAACGCCACAUGUUGACCCACACUGAGGAGAGACCUUAUAAAUGUGACCUGUGUGAGAAGACUUUUAAAUCUCCACAUUACCUGAGACGACACCAACAGAUCCACACCAGAAAGGGACUCUCCAAGCGCGGUUACUGUGAGGACCAACAUGGAGCGACAAGUCAGCGCUCUCAGGAGGCCGACAAACCUCACAGAAGAAAGAGAGAGAAAAAACACACCUGUGACGAGUGUGGGAAGGAUUUUACUUUGAAGACUUCACUAAAGCAGCAUCAGGUCAUCCACACUGGAGAGAGACCGUUCAGCUGUGACUUGUGUGGAAAGACUUUUUCCUGGAAGAGUACCCUAAAAACACACCAACUCAUCCACAGUGGAGUUAAAGCGUACAGCUGUGAUCAGUGUGGCAGAGCUUUUACUCAAAGUGGCCAAUUACAGAAGCAUCUAGUUACCCACUCUGGAAUUAAGGCAUACAGCUGUGACAUUUGUGGAAAAACCUUCAGCCGGAUAGGGAACCGAAAUGCACACCUACGCAUUCACACCGGACAUGAUGUGUACUGCUGUGAUCAGUGUGGCAAACAGUUUAUAACUUACAUGCAGUUACAACGCCACAUGUUGACCCACACUGAGGAGAGACCUUAUAAAUGUGACCUGUGUGAGAAGACUUUUAAAUCUCCACAUUACCUGAGACGACACCAACAGAUCCACACCAGAAAGGGACUCUACAAGUGCAGUUACUGUGAGAAGCAGAGUGACACAGAUGGAUCCAGUUCUCAACCCUGUCAUCACUGUGGAGGUGGGAAAGACUUUCGCUAUGACCUUUGUGGAAAAACUUUCAGUUACCAAGAAACCCUUAAAAUACAUCAACAUAAACACACUGGAGACAAGCUGAACUACUGCAAAGAAUGUGGGAGAAGCUUCACCACAUUAAGUGGAUUAAAAUGACAUGAACUCAUUCACAGUGGGGUUAAAAAGUACGUCUGUGAUCAGUGUGGGUCAUCUUUCAUUACUGCAAGUCACCUUAAAACACACAAACGAGUCCACACAGGAGAGAAACCAUACAAUUGCAGACACUGUGACAAAAGCUUCUCACGAUCAGAUCCUCUGAGCCGUCAUGAACGUACACAUAUUGACGGAAACUACAGCUGUGACCAGUGUGACAAGAGCUUCAGGAAUCUCAGUUCAUACUCAAAACACAAACGAUCCCACGUUACUAAUAAACUGUUUCACUGUUACCAAUGUGCCAAAACAUUCAUUUCAUUAUCUGCUCUGUGCAAACAUCAGUGUGAUCACUCAGGGCUGAAAUCACUCCCAUCACAGUGAAUAUGAAGAGACAAAGGUCCUCUUCUGGUUUCAAGGUCAGACUCAAAACUCUUGAGAUCAGGCUCCACAGAGUUCAAAUUGAAUCUCCUGUAAAGAUCUGAUGAGGCAACUAUGAAUGAAAAUUGUUCUCUAGUCUGAUUUUAAGCUUUCUAAACUGUUCUGCUUCAGAGCUCACGUCGAGUGGUUUGCUUUGUUCCAGCAGUUGGAUGAAGAAGUUUGAGCUGUGAUUUCAUUUCCUGUAUUUCAGAGUAAAUACUGAAGUGACAAAUGGAAACAUGUUUACAGUCAGAGUCAGAUGAACUGUUUUCAGUGCCACAGAUGGAGGUUUAUCAGAGGAGGAGACUUGGCUGUUCUCCACUCACACUGAACAGGGUUCCUGCAGCUUAUUAAAAAUCUGACCUGAAAUUUAUGAAAAAUUUCCUUGUAACACUGAGUUACAGUAGGGGGGCUGCUCUGUAAUCCAGUUCAAUAACACAUCUCCUGACAUUAAACAUAAGCUUAUUUAAUAACGUG